AUGAGUGCAAACUUCGCAGUUGCGACCCUGAAUACUGGUUUGGUCGGUGGCAACAUGGGCCUGAGCUUCCGGCACUGUUUCGCAAUCGUUGCGGUCGUGAACAUCUUCACCUGUCUACUUCCGGCUUGGACAGCUACCUUCGGGCUGACUGGUCCGCGCAUGACAACCUUCUCGCGAUACUCCUUUGGUUACUGGAAAAACAUAUUCGCAGUUGUAUUCUCCAUGGUCAGCACAACCGGCUGGAAUGCGAUAAAUUCCAUUUCCGGGGCCUCCUGCCUCUACGCGAUCCCACCUUUGGUCGUUUGGUGCAUUGCUGCUGGAACAGGAGCCAAACACUUCAGUGGCGAUGCAAUCAAGUCUCCGACUGAAGCGAAUGGUGCCGCUGCCGCCUUCAGCUUCAUUGCGUUCAUCUUCUCAUUCGCGGUGUCCUCGAUCAACUGUGCUGCAAACUACAACGUAAAGAUGCCAGUCAACACGCCUCGUUGGAAGAUCUUCAUCGCAACGUACGUCGGUAUCUGCAUCCCAACAAUUUUGGUCCAGACACUCGGUGCUGCGAUGUUCAGUGGAACGGAGACCAAUGCCUUGUGGAAGGCUGCGUACAAGGAUGCAGGCGUGGGAGGUCCCUUGAAGGUGUCCUUGCUGCCUGCUCGGAACAACAUUCCCCACAACUACUCAUUCGCAAUCCACGCGCAAAAUUUCGUGCCAUGGGCACUUGAUACCCUGCAAACUUUCCUCUCGAUUAUCGGGUUUUGGACUAUCAUGCAUCUGAUCAUCAUAAUCGAGGAGCACAUCAUUUUUCGUCGCUCGCGCUGGCAGAACUACGAUUGGGAUGCGUGGUCUGACUAUGACCUUCUUCGGUUCGGAUGGGGCGCGAUCGCAGCCUUCGCAUUCGGGUUCCUAGGAGCUGCACUGGGCAUGAAGGUUGCCUGGUAUACUGCACCGAUCGCUAGCCUCGUCGGAAAGAAAGGUGGAAAUGUCGGGCACGAUUUGACUGCUCUAUUUUGUGGAGCUGCCUUCCCGGUGUUCCAUUCUCUGGAGAAGCGACACACAGGAAAGUAG